AUGGCUUCAUCCGGUGACGAUUUGAGCGAGCUUGACCAGUUUGGACUUUACCAACUGGCUGAGCAAGAGAUAGAUAAGGAUCUAUCUCCCGAUACUUGGGGACCUGGCAACUCGUUCAAUGCAGAUAUCGACUGGGCUGGUCUGCAGAAUCUCCUCCCUCCCGACGUCUCGCCUGAGAACCUGUUCCAGAAUUACUUUGAUGAGUUUGAGGCGGCUCCCACCGUUGAGGACGCUUUGGCUGUGCCGUUUCCUGGCCAGAUGAUGUCUGCAUCGCAGGACAUCCCGGGUGUGCAAAUUCCUCCGCAGUAUCCUCCGCAGGCAGUCCAACAGUUUCCCCAGUACUAUCCUCAACAGGCUGUUCAGCAGUAUCCGCAGCAGUAUCUUCAGCAGUACCCUCAGCCGUACCAUCAACAGUACCAUCAACAAUACCCUCAGCAGUACCCUCAGCAGGCUAUUCAGCAGCAUCCUCAGCAUCCUCAGCCGGCUCAGCAGGUUUCUCGGCAGGUUCCUCAGCGGGUCUCUCAGCCAACACCUCGCCUAGAUCAUCAACUCAUCUCUUCUCAGGGUUACAAUCACGUCUCUACUCCCACCCACCCCCAGACUCCUCCCAACCCACACAUGGGAGCGAACGACCAGGCGAUUCCUGCUCAUCAGCUUCCACAGAACAACCAGGACCAGAUUUCUCCUUCAUCUCAGAAUAAUGUCAUGGUCAACACUCAAGCGUCGCAGGGCAGCGUGGAUGCACCCGAUCAGAUCACACCACGGUCUCAAACGUCCGCUAACGACCAUCCGGGGUCUACAAUGCAUGCGAAGCCCGACAAUGCGGAAGAAAACGCUGGCGUGAAUAUCACCCCCCAUAGCGAGAGUACUCAGGUCACCGCAGUGAAUAGGAAUGAGAUGAGAUGCCGCCGUGCUAGUGACUUCCCCCAUCCACAACAGACGGACGACGUCUUCUCCGAAAUAUCGCAGUCGCCAGUUCUCCAGUAUGAGGUUCAUGGCGACCACUCGGACAAACGCCUGGCGUUCCACCCUCCAGUGCCAGCGGUGGGUCGUCCUGCAAUGGGUUCCAUGAAAACGGAGGGAGGACUCGUGGUCGGCCCUUGUCAGAUUCCUAACUUCGUGCCUGACAUUGAAGAGCUGUUGGACCCGGAAAACUCGGGUGCGGAUACCCAAACCAUUUACCAGAAUUCCAGAGAGGCUCUUGAGGCUAUGUGCGUCGUACACCCCGAGCUUCAAACCCUGCGCGAUCGCACGAUCCCGACCACCGAUCAGCAGAAGCGCGCGAUUGUGAAGGCCCUGCUCAACGCGAUGAAGAGCCUCGUGUAUGCAGAAGACAGCCAGGCCAUGAAAAGACCAUUUGUACAGGGCAAGUACUCUGAUGCUCGGCUCGAGGCGGCAUGCUGGACUUUGUUGGAUCUUACUCUGCUCCGUCAUCGACAGGGACCUCUGCUUGGUGGUGUUACCGAUAAGUACCGAGGCGGCGAGGCGAUCGGAACGUUUGGCCAAAGGAUCUCAUUGAUUAUGACUGGUCUAGAAGUCAACAAGACCAUCGUCAAGCAUGUCCUGGAUCCCAACUACACCGCUUCCUUGGUCGAUGAUCCAGUGGGAUCCAUGAAACGCAUUGUGUCCAACAAACAACUCAACCGCCGCAAAGGCGAGUACAUGACCCUCGGGAAGGAGCUGCUUCAGAACGAGCAGGCGAACAGCCAUGACAAGAAGAACAGCCGAAGGGGAAACCAGAGUAUCCCAAUCAGAACGACUCCUACCCCCCUUCAGACGUCCCCUGCCCCGACUCAAACGUCCGGCGUCAUGACCAGAAGCCAAGCUCGUCGUAUUGGCUCACAACGCGGUCAAAUCUCAUCACGCGCGCCUAACAUGGCAACCCACGCUCCUACCGUGCACCGCUAUCCUGCAAACCACCCCAUGACUCCUGCUACUCACGCACCAACUGAGACCCAGGCGAUGCCAAAUGGUGGCUACAGGGCGCCUGCCCAGCAUGCCGCCUACCAUCCUCUGGGUGGCUUGCCAGUGAACACUCAACCGGCGCCUCAUGCUCGUGCUCCAAUGGUCCAGAACAAUUUGAUCAACGGCAAUGGCGACAUGGUGAGCCAGGAAACGAGGUCUCCGAGUCCGCUCUUUGUCGGACCUGUUGGUUAUGGCUGCGCGACCGCCGUGGCCUCGCUGUCCGCUCGUACUCACAGCCGUACUCCGAGCACCCCCCACAGUGUUCGUGGUCAUAAACGCCAGGCCUCUGAUGCGGGCUUUGGCAGCGGUUCCAGCUCCGAUAAGAGAAGGUGCUAG